UAUGAUUGUAUCGGUAGAGUCGAUCUGUAUUACAACAAACCGAUAAUCAGUAGCAGAAAGUUUCGUCCGCUCGCGUUAAUUGAUCAGCUGUGAGUUUAUCAAUGCGAUACAUUUUUUAAAUAUACUCGUGGUAGAGGUGACGUCGAGGAAUGCACGCACGCAAAUAUUACUUGGGCGACACGAUCAAUAUCAGUGGUCCGUUAUCGGCCGCAGACUAGCCGAUAGGAUAAUGCCAUUUCUAUAUUCCUGAUACACACGCAACGUAUGUGUGUGUUACUUCCUUCAAAAAUGCAGUGGUUCUCGUUCAGCGUUAUACUUUCCGAGAUAUUUCUGGCAUAUAUCAUUUACUCGAUUUACUCGUUGUCGUUGCUGUUUGUGUCACCAGCCUGCGAGGAUGGCAAGCAAUGUCUCAAGUCUUAUUUGAGCGAGCGACCGCAGUUGAAUCUCUAUAUUUACAGCUCCGUCUCGAAAAAAUCCAGGGACGCCGACCUUGCAUACACGGCGCAUAAUUUCGAUUACACUCGAGCACAGACCAUUCCAACAACAUUGAACAUUCCACGCAAAACGCAGGACAAUGGUACGCUGUUUCUGCACAUACUAUUAGUACCUAUGUUCGUGGAUCAGAGUAGAUCGUUCAUCGAUUUGAAAAAAGAUACAUAUACGUCAUAUACCGCUAUUAAAAUGACACAAUACACAGUACCUGAAGCUGAAGUGUUCAAGUUGUUGGGUGAAAAGAAUCCUGGUACAAAGGAUGCUUUAGUACAUCCAGUCUCGCACAUCAAGAGCCGCGUGACAUUCACAAUAAUGACGGACGAUGUUAUGCUUCCUAUGAACAGCAUGCCUAUUGAACUCAUCAAUCACAUAAAGCUGAUUGGUAAGAUGACAUUUUUGCCGAUCGUUAACUGUGACUUUUUGCAAACCCGGCAACGAGAUCUCCAACGGAUCGUGCCGCAAAACAACAACACGAUGAACGUCACGGUGGAAUAUUCGCCUGUAUCUUUGGGAAAGCUGAGAUUGGUAUUACACGUGCAAACGGCCAUAGCAAGCCUGAAGAACAUUGGCAUCUCCGACAAGGACGUUGACGAAGUGAAGGGUAUCUUUGCAGACACCAACAUCUAUCUAUUAGGCGGUACUGUCUUCAUCGCUGGUGUGCACUUGUUGUUCGACUUUCUCGCCAUCAAAAAUGACAUUAGCUUUUGGCGGAAGAAGAGUAAUCUCAUAGGUCUCAGCAAGUGGACCGUGAUGUGGCGUGCAUUCAGUCAGACCAUAAUUUUCCUUUACCUCUGCGACGAGGAGUCUUCCUUGCUUAUUCUCAUUCCGACCGGUAUCGGCAGUAUUAUCGAGCUGUGGAAAUUGAAAAAGAUGUCAAGAAUGGAACUAAUCGUGUGCUACGGUAUUUUGCCAAAGAUACGAUUCAAAACCGACGACAUCAAUGCAGCGGAAGUAAAAACCAGAGAGUUCGAUGCCGAGAGCAUGCGUUAUCUGAGUUAUCUGCUGUAUCCUAUAGUUAUUGGCGGUGCAAUUUAUUCGCUUCUUUAUCAACCGCACAAGAGUUGGUACUCGUGGACCAUUAAUUCCUUGGUGAAUGGAGUUUACGCUUUCGGAUUCUUGUUUAUGCUGCCGCAAUUGUUUGUUAAUUACAAAUUAAAGUCCGUGGCACAUCUGCCGUGGCGGGCGUUCAUGUACAAAGCGUUCAACACGUUCAUCGACGACGUGUUCGCUUUUAUCAUAACAAUGCCGACUGCACACAGAAUAGCCUGUUUCAGAGACGACGCAGUCUUCCUGAUUUAUCUCUAUCAAAGAUGGUUAUAUCCAGUGGAUAAGUCACGCAUCGAUACGGUAACAGAGGAAACCGUUGGCUUUGGUGACGUCAGUAAGAAAACAAACUAAUAGCAGCGAUCGAUAGAGUAUUCGUACAAUUAUUUGUUGUCAUGUCCUUCCUCACGGCCUAAGACUCAGCACAUCAACACCUUUACUUAAUGUUACUGGGAAGUUGUACUUAUACCAUUAUUGUCAAAAUUUAAAUAAUACACACAGAUGUUACAAGACAAA